GAGAGAUUACAAUUUUAAUGACUUAUUAGGUGCUUUACUCGUUUAUUUCAUCACUUUAAAGUUAAAAUCAAGAAGACAAAGGGUGAUAUUGUCCUUUUACACAGACUUACGCAACAUAUAUAUUCGUCCUCCGCUGUAAUUCUAAGAUGAACAUGAUUUUGGGAACAAAACAACAGUUUCUGCAAAUCGGUUGAUCAAUGAACGGAAUAAGACAACGAUUGCUACACACGCUGCGUGUCGAUGUCCCAACCGAUUCACUGAAAAGAAAGGCAUUGGAAUUGGAGAAGAAAAGGAAGAUGAGGACUUCCAAAACCAAGGACCAGUUCAUCGUUCCGGUCCCCGAGUCCUUAUCCUACCUCGAUACCGCCUCCAUGCCCAUGAUUGUUGUUGCCGUUGGCAUUGCAAUAUUCGCCAAACUCCUUAUGAUGUAUGAUGAAUCUAGAUCUCAAGAGUUGUUGGAACGCAAGAUAAAGAAUUCUCCAGAAGGUCAAGGCACUGUGAGAAUGCUCAGCCGUGAGGAGUGGGAGAAGAUUCGGGAACUCCCGCCCAGAACUCCGUUUGAAUCCAAGUUUUCCCGGCCUAAUUCUAGAAUCAGAACCGGAGAACCAUUGCGUCUGGAGGACUUAAAGGAUUGGACAAUUGAUGUUUUUAUGGAUGGUGUUGCAAGAGCUGAAGAGUACAGUAAACGCAGAAAUACUAAGUCACGAAUAUCAAAGAUGCAGUUAAUAUGACCAUUGACUAGAAAGUGCUGUAUGAAACAGUGGCUCAAUUCUGACCGGAUCACGAAGGCCAAAACUGUUUGUUAUUCCUCUAUACUCCUUUUGUCCAUGCAAAAUUAAUUAUAUAUUUUUAAUCUGUAUGAAAUAGCCAUAACAAUUUAUAAUUAGAUAUUUAGAAAGCAAUAUUUUAUCGGAACCUCACCGUCCAGGUGUUGAGUUGCCUACAUAAGUGAUGAACCAAUCAUGUGCUAGGCCUAAGUUAGCUGAAAUGCACCAAGGAAGGUUCUUGAGUAGUCUCGGAGAAUUCCGCCACAAAUAGCAAGAUUGGGGUUGCCUCUAGAGGUACUAUGUGUAUUUUCAUUUAACCCAAUGAGAAGAGGCGCAUUUCAAUUGAUUUGUUUGAUAGAUGGAGUAGGAGGUGGUUGACUCUUGAUGUCAAAGUAUUUAAGAAUGAUGAAUUCUUUCAUAGAAUACUACAUAUGGCCUUUUAGAAUAAUAGUUUCAUAUUGGAUCAAGUUCUUGAUAGCACUUAAAUCCCCUCGAAAUCAGCACUUAAGUCCCUAUCGAGAUCAGCUUUGGCAUUAUUAAAUCUAAUUUAAUUUUUUGCAUUAUUGAGAUUCAAGCCAAGAAUGGACUUUAACCAAUGCCAGUAUUUCAUGGUGUAACUGCAUUGCAACAAAAGAUGGCAGGAGUUUAAAAACUGUGGUUGCAUAGGUGCAACAUAAGAUCGUGAUGGGGCCUCUCUUCCUAAGAUUGUUGUCAAUGGUAAUAGCAUUAUGAAUGAGUCUCCAUGUAAUGAGAGAUUUAGAAGGAAGGGUGUAUUGUUGCCAAAUGAUUCUGGUCUAGCUGACUUUUGUAUGCUCAGAGUUUUGGAUUUCAUAUGCAUAUUUGAAAGUGAUGAUGCCAUGUUGGAGAUGCUCCAAAUUAAAAAAUUAUGACCAGAAUGUUUGAGGUAAUGUCAGGAGCCAAAGUGUUGAAUAAGUCAUGCAGAUUUUAAUUGUAGUCAUGAAUUAAAUCAUUGAGUGUUAUCUUUCAAAUAUGUCAGUUGAUCAGGUAGGUUCUAGAGUUGAUAUUUGAUUUUAUAGCCUAGACAAUUAUCAUGCCAGAAUGAUAUUUGCUUGAAUUUUGUCCAGAGUAUGUUUCAAUCUAUACCAAAUAGAUAAACAAAUGUAGUGCCUAAUUGGUUGUGCUCUUUUUUUUUUCCGGAAGCGAUCACGUUCCCUCCAAGUUUGAGGAAACUUGCUUAGUUGAUAUCCUUGAUUUUUCUAAGACCGAUUCCACCAGCUGUAACGGUGUGCAAUCUUUGUCCCAAGAGACAGUAACUAAUUUUUAGUGUUUAUGUUUCUUUUCCAAACAAAAUUUCCUAACAUUUAUCCAUUUUGUUCAGCAAAGUUGCAAACCAUUCAUAGAUUUUUUUAGAGAAGCAUGCCAUGUAACAGAUCGAUCAAGUUGGACACAACUCGAAAGGGAAUGGAAUUUCCAUGUGGAGAACUAGACUUCACUUUGAAAAUUGGAACUCCUAGAUAACCAAAAGGAGUUGAUCAAAUAGUGAAUCCAAGGAGAUUGGCUAAGUUCUCUGGCAUGGUUCACUACUUCACCUAUGAUUUUACACUUGAGAGAGAUGAUGUGUUGAUAUGAAUUCUUCACAUACUCUUGAGAGAGAUGAUGUAUGGUUAUAUAUGCCUCUGUCCAACUUGAUAGCCCCAUAAGCAGACUCCUUCUUGCCAUUGAUCCAAGUGUAAAAUCUACCUGUGGUGUUUAAAUGAAUGAGUUCAUUAGAAUUGUUUCAACUGAUAAAUUCAUCAAAUGUGGUUUUAUUUGGUAGGCAUUGGCCAAAAAAUUUCACGAGCUCCCAAAACUGCAUUUAAAUCUCUAAUAAUGCACCAAGGGCCAGGGUUCCUGUAUUGGAUAGUGCUCAAUUCUAACCAAAGUUUCAAUUUUUUUUUCACAUGAGACGUAUUAGCAUAAACUGCAGCCAUGUAACAUUUCUUUCACUCAAUAAAAAGAGAGAAGGUGAUGUGGUGUUCUGAUAGGUACAGAACAUCAGGUUCCAGGUUAAUUCUGCAGAAGCCCCAAAGAUUACAGUCAUGAUUCUGUCUGACGAAGGAAAAAUUCUUUGAGAUUCAAAGGUCUCAAGCCAGUUGUAAGAAAGUGUGCAAAAGAAAUCAUUGGUUCAACUAUAAUUAGAA